GCUUUAUAGAGAUUUAUUGUUCACUUUCUUUGAAUCCAGAUGGAGCCUAUUUUGGAGGGAAAAUUGGUCUUGGAUAGUGCAAGAGUAGCUGCGUUUCUUGUACUUGCCAUCUCAGUUCCACUCUCACAAAAUCAGAAUGGUCAAAAUAUUCCACCUAGAUUAUUUUCUUAUGCAGUAACCUUGCUAGGGAGGAUCUCUUCUGCUUUGAGAGAAGUUGUAGACCAAGAUACACUUUUUGCAUAUUUGUCUCAGUGCAGUAGAUCCUCCACUUGUGGCACAGAAGUGGAGUUGUCAUUAUUGCCAGUUGUUGAUGAGGCUGUUUUAACUCAUAGCAGAAAGGAUGUCAAUGGUCCCGUUGGUGUGCCCAUGCUACAAACUGGCAAUGAAACUUCCAAAGUUCAGCCUGUGAUUUCAUGUGAAUUAGAGGAUUUAGCUACUUCAAUUGUAGAAUGCCAGGCAGAUGAGCUUGAUGAAGUCAUGAAAUCUGUGAACCUUAUCAUUGCAAGGGCCAGAGAUGCCUGGCUUUUGGUACAAUCAAGGUGCACCAAUGUAGCAGUGAGAGCUCUGAGGGAUUGCAAGAGAGAAUUGGCAAUGUUAACCUCUGCAUCCCUUGAAUCUGCUGGUAUAUUGGCAUUUACGUUGCAAUACCUCCAGGUAAUGAAACUGUUUGCUAAGAUAUGGGAGCACAUUGUAUGGAAGAUAAGGUCCGAUGAAACAGGAGGACUGGAAUAUCUAUUUGGGAAACUAGAUGUGAGGCUCAGAGAACUGAGGUAUAGAUAUAUAGGGUUUUCCAAGGAAGAGGAGUUGCAUGUGUUGGAGCUUAUAGUUGUGGCCUGUUUGUUGAGGUUAUCCAAAGUUGAAAUCUGCUGCUCUCCGGCUACAAUGAAAAAAUUGUCUGCCAUAAUUUCACAUAUAGAGAUUCUCAAUGAUAAAGGACCCAUUGAACCAUCCAAUAUUUUAAUGGACGCUAAGAAAAUAGUGCAUGAGAUCGAGUCUUCUAAAGCUGGUAUCUCAUGCAGUCUCUUCCUGAUUACAAACUUAGUUGAUUUCUUCACCCUUAAGCUGUUUAGUUUAUGCUCGAGAGUAAGGCAUAUAAAUGCAGAACUUGAUAUUCCUGGUAAUGAUUCUGAAAAUCCUCUUCCUUUUGUCUCUGGACUACCUGUGGCUAUACCUUUGGAUAUUACUUUAUACAAUGUCAGUAGCAAGAAUAGGUUGUGGCUUACGAUAAGAAUGAGUCAGGAGUCAACUCAAUUUGUCUUCUUAGAUUUGAACCUAUUAGGAGGCUGCAAUGAAAUCAAGAAAUUUACAUUUAUGGCACCCUUUUACAGAACUCCAAAAGCUCGUUCAUUCUCAUCAUGGAUUGGUAUAGGCAUGGAAUGUGCUCUUGAGGAUUGCCACUUAGUGAAACACUGUGGAGGUCCAAAACGUGAAUUGGUUUAUCUUUGCCAGGAAAAAGAAGUUCAUUUGUGCUUGGUUCGGAGGGACUGAAUGGCUUUUUGAUAUUUCACGUGUCACAGAUCCUCAUUGCAUUUGUCCUCUAUUUGCUGGAAGCUGGGUUCAUCAGUUGAUCAUAGACCUUGUUUUUAUCUCAUAAUCAUUGUGAUGGUACGAACCUGGCCCUUGUAUAUGGGAAAAUGGUCUAGAUCUUCUUGUGAUAAGUAUGCAUGAACAAGGAUAGUGUGGAGAAGUUGCUCGUUUUCCUCCACAUCAGAUUAUCCUGAUGUCAAUUUUCCCCUCUUGGUUGAUUUGUAAAAGCUCUGACCACUGCUACAUUUUCAAAACUAUGCAUGCAAAUUUACAGAAGUGGAUGGUUUUCCCUGUGGAUCAUGCGCCAGUGCCAGCUGAUCUCCAAUGCUGGGUUGGCUUGUGAAAGUUAUGUGGUGGACACUUAUGAAAGUUACGUAUUGGAUAAUUUUAAACCUGAAAUCUUUCUGUCUUUAUUGCUGUUUCCUUAAUAAGUCUGCUAGGUUGCGUUACUUGGGAUAAAGCUGCUGAAGGUCUUUUCAUGGAUGAAAGAGGCAUGCUGUAAACCCUGGAAGAUUCUGGAUAUUGCUGAUAGUACUUGUAUUCGUAAUGGUAUGCUUUCAGGCUCUCAAAAUUCUGAAUUUCUUUUUUCAAAGUUAUAUAUUCUGUCUUGUUAUAACCAUUUUGUUUUUUUUUUGAAAUUAUGCUUAUACUGUACACAUACUUUUGUAAAGAAAGGAACCAGCCAUGUACUAAUGUUGAAAGCAGUUGUUACAUUUUUAGCUCCUAAUCGCAUGUGCCUCUUAACUUGUUAAAGUUUGAAUCAUUUGACAGGUCCUUGAAAUCGGAACUCAGAGGUCGAUCAAAUACAGUAGGCUCCAGAUAGAUUUACUUUCAAGUAUCAACAAGAACAAAGAGUCCCACAAACUGAAGUUAAUUCAUUGCCUGAGAUUUACAAUUGAUUUUUAUGUUCAUCCUGUGUAUUUUCUUGAAAUUUGCUGGUUUUGAUGUUAAUACAGCAGUGACAUCUGCUAUGCUGAUGCUAAUGAACCUUCAUUGGUCGAUAUGCAUGAACAAUUGCAGUUUGUAAUGGUGGGUCUUUAGUGGUCUAAUGUCAAAUUCUUGAAA